GUUCAUUCAGUCUGUGGACGACUUUGCGCCUGUACGUACCACUCACGCACCGUUACGUUGCUGAGCGCGCACACACACAAACACACAUACAUUGAUAAUAAACACGCACGCAUACAUCGCAAGCAGCGCGUGUGCAUUUUGCAUUUUGGCAUUCCACUGCCGGCGUGUGCCAGGCAGAGCAACAUUUAACAGCUGCAACUGCAACUGCAACUGCAACGCAACUGCAGCCUGAACAAAAGUAUUCCAAAGAUUUCGCGCGCGCCUAUCUCAAGAAAUCGUCGCGUGUGGCUCAACAACAAACAUCCAGCAAACAUCAUCAACAACAACAACAACAACAACUGCAACUGCAGCCUCUUCUCAGAGUGUGUUUGUGUGUGAUUAAAAAGUGCAACCGAAUGUUCGAUUAAUUACUCUGAUUGUCGGUUUGAUCGCUUAUCUCUCAGUUCGCUCAGUCUCUAACUCUAAAGUGAUAAUUCAAAUCUUAACUCUACUCAAAAGUUCUUAUUCAAUACAAUCCCCAAGAGAAACAAAUAUUAUCAAAUUAACGCUGAUAAAAGUGCAAUAAAAUCAACUAAAGUGAAGAUAAGAAAAGAACAAAACUUCUACUUCAAAAGUCCAACAAAUCAAUCUUCAAUUGCAGCUUUAAUUCAACUAAAAGACGGUGGCGCACACAAUGCGAGCGGAUCAGUGACAUGGCCGAGGGCUGCGAGGACUCUGCCGGCGCCACAGAAUCCACCACGUCACAGUACAAGCUAGACAAGAUGUUGGGCACGGUGUUGCCCUGUGAAGCGGCCGUUGUCGCGACGCCCGGCAGCAGCAGCAGCAGUAGCAACAACAACAGCAGCAGCAGCAAUAUUGUGAAGCGAGAGUUUUGCGAUGGCAACAUUAUGCCUGGUGCUAGUGUUAAUAACAACAAUAGCUCCGCGAGCAACAACAAUAAUAACAAUAACAACAACAACAAUACCAAAUUGCAGGCAUUGAUAUGCGCUGGCAGCAACAACAAUAACACCAACAGCAACAAUAACAACAUUAACAGCAGCAACAACAACAGCAGCAACACUAAUAACAACGCCAACUCAAAUAAUAAUACGAACAGCAGCAGCAGCUCAUCAUCCUCCUCCUCGUCGUGCUCAUCCACAUCAUCGAGCUCAUCGGCCAGCACACUGACCAGUUGCACCACCGCGGCCAUAGUGCCCUCCAAUUGCUCCACAAAUGCCAAUAAAUCGCCGGGUUCCCCCUACUCCCAGAGUGGCAUCGGCAUGACCAUGGGAAUGGGCAUGGGCAUGGGGAUGGGGAUGGGCAUUGGUGUCGCCCUCGCCAGUCCGAUGCGUGAUGUCAGUCCGCUGCCCAGCCGAUGUUCGCCGGCAGCUGUUGCCGCACAGUCGCCAUGUGAAGGUGCCACGCCCUCGUCGCCGCCAUCUGACUCCUCGAACAAUUCGUCGCAUGUGCUGGCGCUCAACAUUAAGACCGAGUCGGACUACGACAAGGAGAUCAGCUGCCACAAGAUUCAUUCGCCAGGCAGCGGCAGCCAUUCGCACCUUCCCCUGCAACACCAUCAUCAAGCACAUCAACAGCAGCAGCAGCAGCAACAGUUGCACUUGCACCACAAUCACAGCAACAAUGAGGAUGACAUGGAGCCAACGCUGCUCUCACCCGCCCAUUCCAUUCACUCAGGCUACGACUCAAAGGAGCACGUCAAGGAGUUAGAAUUCUACAAGAAUCUGGCAGCGAAAGCUGCCUCGCUAGCCAAUCAUCAUCCGCAUGAGACGAACUCUGGGUCGCCGUUGCCCAUGCAAAUUGAUGCAGAUGCGGACGAGGAUGAGCCAGAGGAUCAUUCGGCUGAGGCGUUGCGUAUACGACACGAGGAGCAGGCGCAGGCCAAGGCAUUCGCAGCGCAUCUGAAUGGAACUAUGCAAGACAUGAUAAAUUUGCAAAAAUUACAAAAUUUGGCCACGCUGCAGCAGCAGCAACAUCAACAGCAUCAUCAGCAGCAGCAGCAACAACAACAGCAACAACAUUCACAUUCGCAUCAUUCCCAUCAUCAUCCCGCCACAGCUGCUGCACUCGCAAGUCUUCAGGGCUUAGCUGCCUCCGUUUUCAACUCGCCAUUGAAUCUGAGCGUCGGCGCCGAAGCUGUGACAACAGCGGCAGCAACAGCAACUGGAGUCAGCUCCACGGCAACUGCGGCGACGGCAACGAGUGUCUCACCCGGCAACAGCAGCAGCAGCAACAACAACAACAAUGCCAGCAACAGCAACAACAACAACAACACAGGCAGCAACAACAACAACAAUAGUAACAACAGCAGUUGCCACAACGGCAACAAGCACAAGACAUCAAAGGGCAACAGCAACACGAACAACAGCAGCAGCAGCAACAGCAGCAGCUCAGCGGGCGGCAACUCCUCGAACAGCCAACAGCAGCAGCCACAGGAUAAUCCCAGCAGCAGCAGCUCACCGCACGCCCAUCCACUGAACGCGACAACCCUGGCGAAUGUUUUAGCUGCGGCGACCGCAUCGCCACCGCCAGCGCUUCAGGCGCCUCCAGCCAGCGCCCAGAUGCCGCAACUGAUACUCGCCUCCGGCCAGCUGGUGCAGGGUGUCCAGGGUGCCCAGCUGCUCAUACCCACGGCUCAAGGCAUUGCUGUGCAGACGAUUCUCACGAUUCCUGUGAGUCCACAAAUCCCCACCAGCGAACAGUUUCUGCCCAAUGCAUUCGGAGCCUUUGCCAGCUACCAGCAGCAACAGCAGCAGCAACAACAACAGCAACAACAGCAGCAGCAACGGGAACUGUUGGCUCCACCAUUGGCUGCACUGCAACAUGCGCCAGCCUUGCCACAAUUGGCACAGACACCAACGAAUUUACUGAAGCCCAAUCUCUUCUCAACGGGCGUGCAACAAUUGCUGACAGCACUGCAUCCCGAGUUGUUUGCUGCAGCCGCUGCCAACCAUCAGCAACAGCAACGGGAGCAGCAGCAACAGCAAUUGGCGGCAGCAGCAGCCGCCGCUGCGGCAGCCAGUCACCUGCCACACGCCCACCUCGCUGCCGAUUUGCGACGCUCGGCGGAACGUACGCCUCCAGCGGGCUCUCCGACUGUGGGCAGUCCGGUGCCGGUGAAGCAGCCGCCGCCUCCUCCGCCUCCCGGAGCAGCUUACUUGCUGCAGCAGCAAUUGCACAUUAAGCCCGAGACGCAGACGCAUCUGCAUCAUCACCUGCACAGCACAGCGGCAACGAGCACAUCUUCGGCUUCGACCCAUCCGCAGAUCACUUUGCGGCAUCCCGAUGAGCUGACCGCGCCACAGUUGGACCUAAAGCCCCUCGAGCUGAGCAGCAGCAGCAGCAGCGUCUCGCCACCUGCCCUGCCUCCAUCUGCGGCAUUGGCGCGACAUCACUUCGGGCACAAUCUACGCAGCGCAGCCACGUCCUCGCCCAAGCACAGUCCGGGACGCGCCUCCUCCGGCUCAGCAGGCAUCAAUCUCAGCCAGCACCACGAGCGACUCGAGCGACGUUCGCACACGCCAACGGCCACAGCCACGAGAGCGGGCAGCGGACUGAGCUCGUCCAGCGCGUCGGCUGUGCAUCAUUUGCCACAUGAGCGUGGUGCAAGCAGCUCCGGUGCUGGACGCCUCACGCCCUCAACCACAACCUCAGCAGCCACAGCCGCCGUCGGCAGCAGCAGCAACGAAAGAGGCUUCUCAUCACCAUUGUUUCGCACGCAUUCGCCGCCUGUGCACGCCCUCAACAUGGGCAGCUCGCCACGCCUGGAGCGCGACUAUCUGGGCAACGGACCAAGCCUUAGUGGCAGCUCGAGUGCCGCCUCAGCAGCUGCUGCCGCCAGCUGUGCAGUAGCUGCGGCGUCUAGUUCCACGGGCAAUGUACUUAGCAGCAUCAAUAGACUCAACGCCUCGAACGGCGAGCUGACCAUCACCAAAUCCCACGGCCCCCCAACGUCGACUGCGACGCGAGCCUCGUCUGCCUCGCCGCGUGAUGAUUCUCCUGGGCCAGGACCAUCGACAUCUGGAGUCUCGCUGAUGCAGCCACUCAAGCUGAGUCCAUCGUCGAGGAGCGAACCUUCGCACAUGUCGCCCAAUGGCAAUGAGAAUGAUAAUGACCUGCUCAUGGAUUCACCGAAUGAACCCACCAUUAAUCAGGCAACCACAAAUGUGGUCGAUGGCAUCGAUCUGGACGAGAUCAAGGAGUUUGCCAAGGCAUUCAAGCUGCGUCGCCUCUCGCUGGGCCUCACCCAGACCCAGGUGGGGCAGGCUUUAUCGGUGACCGAGGGACCCGCCUACAGUCAGAGUGCCAUAUGCAGUGCACUCGCUGCUCAGAUGUAUGCCGCUCAACUGUCGACGCAACAACAGAACAUGUUCGAGAAACUGGACAUCACACCAAAGAGUGCGCAGAAAAUCAAGCCCGUCCUCGAGCGUUGGAUGAAGGAGGCCGAAGAGAGUCACUGGAAUCGCUACAAGUCGGGCCAAAAUCAUUUGACUGACUACAUCGGCGUGGAGCCCUCGAAGAAGCGCAAGCGUCGCACAUCGUUCACACCUCAGGCGCUGGAGCUGUUGAAUGCGCACUUUGAGCGCAAUACGCAUCCAUCGGGCACCGAAAUCACUGGACUGGCGCAUCAGCUGGGCUACGAACGUGAAGUGAUUCGCAUUUGGUUCUGCAACAAGCGGCAAGCACUCAAGAACACUGUGCGAAUGAUGUCCAAGGGCAUGGUCUAGUAGGACAUGUACAUAGAGGAAGAAAGAAAGUGAGAGCGCGAGCAAGAGCGAGAGAGAUAGUAUACUGUAUAUAGUUUGUGUGUAUUAUGUGAUAGUUUUAAACAAUUAGCGAUUAGAGUCUAGGCCAUGUAAAGUAAAAGGUGUGUCAUAGCAUUUACAAUGAGUACGUAUCUGAGUGUGUAUCAGAGCAUAUGUCCCCAAUAUUAAAUAUAUGGUAUAAAUAAUGCGAGUGUAUGUGUAAUAUUUACUAUUUACGAUUAAUUACGAUUAUGAAUAACAUAACAUCUAACCAUAUCCCAAAUAGCCUAAAAGUAGUCUAAAGUCGAAUGUCUCUAGGCGCAGACUUGUGCUGUUUUUAGGGCCCAUUUUAUAAUAUCGAUGUGCCAUUCCCAAAAAUGAAAACAAAAAAGAUAAACAAAAACGGAAUAUAUAAAUUAAUGAAAUACAAACAAGAAUAUUUAAUGAAUUCACAAUUUAAAAACAAAAACGAAAAUUUACAUUUAACAAUUUGUAUGGCUAAGCGAAGAAAAAACCAAAAGGGCAACACAAAAUGACACAAUUGAGAAAUUCUUGAUAAAUUUAAGCGAUGAUUAAUAAUACUUGCAUUUAAUGCGUUGGCUAUAUUCAAAUAACAUAUAUAUACUAAACUGUAUUUUAUUUAAACCAUUUAUAAACGAAUUAUUAACUCUAGCAAUUAACAAUUCUCAUUUGGCCAUCAAUACCUUUCCUUCCUCCCAUCCAACAAACAAAAAACAAAAAAAGAAACAGAAAUUGUAUGGCAGCGCACUAAAAAUUUAGAAUAAGCAAAUUUAUGUAGCAAUUUAAAAUGAUGGACAGAAAAAACGGAAUAUACGAAAUAUAUAAAAAAAGAUAAA